UUGCUAGUAAAUGAUUUAAGUUCAUCGAUAGUAAGUAUAUGACUAAAAAUUUCAGUUUUCUGCUAGUAGUUCCUAAUGUUCUGCUAGUAAAUGGUACCAUUUCAAUUUCAGCGUAUGCUAAUUACAGUAUGAUGUUCUGCUAGUAAAUGGCACAAUUUCAAUUUCAGCGUAUGCUAAUUACAGUUUGAUGUUCUGCUAGUAAUUCCUAAUGCUGGAUAGUAUAAACUCGGAGGCAUUCACACACACACCACCGCCGCCGGAAACUUGCGAGCAUUCCCAGCCAUGCUGGACAUGCCGGCGGAUCUUGCCAGGGAACGAGAAGAGGAAACCGCUUGCGACCGUAUCUUCAGGGAAUUCAUGGCCGGGGUGGCGCGGUUCGAGGAGCUCGUGGAUGGCGGGAGGCGAUUCCUGACGAGAUUCCGGCAAGAGCUAGAGUAUUUUCGGAGGCCGCGGGUUCCGGUUGAAUCGGAUGUUAUAGGUGAGAUAGUUAGAUCUAACUGCACCGACAGGAUGAAGUCCUAUCUCGAAUCAGGCUGCAGCCUUCACUGCCAGAGCAUCUCCAACUUGAGCCAGUUAAAUUCAUGCGAGGGAGAGCUCAAAGGUUGUAUACACAAAGUGAAGGCACUGCUCGAAGAACUUCAAUGCCUAGUGGAAGGUGCUUAUGACGCAACACUAACAGCCAAUUUACGUGCUAUGCACGCUCCAGACGAGAGCACUGCUGACAACAAGAUGAACGACCCAUCCAACUGCAGAGAGAAGGGGGAGCAGCCUGCAGAUCACCUCGACAGCGAUUCAUCGCUCGUUACAUUGAUGAUCCUCGUCCAUAACAUGCUAAAGCUUGAUUACACGAUGCAGGAGAAGAUUGUCGGGUCACUGUCCCUCAAAUCAUCUUCCGCGGAGCUUGAUGGUUACUGCCUUAUGUGGGAUCUGAGGCCGUACGUCGAGGGCGGCGUGAUGAAUCUUGCGUGGAAAUCAUGCCCGUAGAAACCCUUGGCCCCUGGUUUUUGGUAGAUCAAGCCCAGCUACU